AUGAUUAGAAAUCUGCAAAGGGAUGAUGGCUCAUGGACAGAGAAUGAAGAGGAAGUAACCACAGAAAUAUCUAACUAUUUCAGUGAGUUGUUUACCAGUGGAGGUAGGAGAGAUAUGACUGAGAUGCUAGAGGACGAUUCCCUCAUAUUCUGCAAAGCAAAUAAACAGCAGGCAAAGGAAGUCAUGAAGAUUCUUAAAAUGUAUGAGGAGGCCUCAGGUCAGUUGAUCAACCUGGAGAAGUCUUCUGUUUUCUUCAGUAAAAAUAUGCCCAUGGAACAAAGACAAGACGUGUGCAGCGCACUGGGAGGAAUGACAGAGAUGACACAAGGUAAGUAUCUAGGACUGCCCAUGGUGAUCUCUAGGACAAAAGAGCAAAUCUUUGGUUUCAUAAAGGAAAACAUUAAGAGAAAGAUGCACGACUGGAGGAACAAGUUACUGAGCACAGCGGGCAAGGAAGUAAUGCUUAAAGCAGUCUCAAUGGCAAUGCCUACUUAUGCCAUGAAUGCAGGAGGCUUGGGUUUUAAGGACAUCGAAGCUUAUAACAAAGCUUUACUGGGUAAGCAGGUAUGGAGAAUCCUCACCAAACCAAACCUUCUCAUUAGUAAAGUGCUGAGAGCAAGAUACUUCCCAAAGGAUUCAAUACUAACUUGCAGGCCUAAGCAGAAUGCUUCUUGGAUAUGGCAAGGACUGCUAGGUGCUAGGAGGUAG